CACGAGGGAGCCUCUGAAAAGGAAACUUUCUCACCCAUUGCCCUCUGUCCCUCAAAGAACAUCGUGGCCGUGGGGGCCGGCUUCUGUGACGGGCUUGGCUUCGGCGACAACACCAAGGCAGCUGUGAUCCGCCUGGGGCUCAUGGAGAUGAUCGCCUUCGCCAAGCUCUUCUGUAGUGGCUCUGUGUCCUCUGCCACCUUCCUGGAGAGCUGCGGUGUUGCUGAUCUCAUCACCACCUGCUACGGCGGGCGGAACCGCAAGGUGGCAGAGGCCUUUGCUCGCACUGGAAAGUCCAUUGAGCAGCUGGAGAAAGAGAUGCUGAACGGGCAGAAGCUCCAGGGGCCCCAGACAGCCCGGGAGCUACACAGCAUCCUCCAACACAAGGGCCUUGUGGAC